AAAGCUAACAAGCCAUCUGACUUCAAUAUAAAAGGUAACUCUAAACAUAUCACUGAAUUGUUGGAAUGGUUUACAGAUGUGCCAGUCAGUAUAAAGAAUAAGGAUGAUAAAACUGUUACAGCUACUGGAAAUUUUACACAUAUUGAUAAUGGUGAACCUGAACCAAUGUUAUGUUUAGGUAAAGGCAGUAAAUUAGGUGAUAUACCAUCUAGUCAAUAUUCGCCUAGUCGAAUAGAACUUGAAAAUCAGCUUGCUUGUGCAAAUCGAGAUCAAGAAAUUGCUAUAAAGUGUGACAAUAAGCAUAUACAACAUGAUCUAAAACAAUCUAAUAAUGAUAAAGAGAAACUCUCUAAACAUACCUAUCAGCUUAUAAAUGAGAAAGAGAUACUAAAAAAAGAAUUCGAGAUUAUAUCUUUCAAGUCUGAAUUAACAAAUACAAAGAAAGAAUUAGUGAAUAUAAAGAAUGAAUUAGCCUUAAAAAUUAAUGAAAUUGAGUGUUUAGGUGCUUUGCGCUCUGUUUUACAGAAAACAAAGGAUAUAUUAGAUUCUGUAAGGUCAAAGACUUAUUGCUCUGCAAUAGUUAAGGGAGGUGAAAAAAAAAAUAUGCAAAGCAAGGAACAAAGUUUCAUAUCGAAUUUUAGAGAUACAUCUAAAUCUAGACCCGAAGGAUCAUUGCUUUGCAGGCUCUUUAAGGGCAACUCUUCGAGUCAUAAAAGUUUUGCAAAAUAUUUUAAAAGUAAACCAUUAUCAAUUAUUACAAAUAAUCAGAAUUCAGAAUUAUUGAUUCAAGAUAUUACAAAUAAGCAAAAUCCGGAGUUAUUAAUUCAAGAUAUUACAAUAAAAGAAACAAGUGAGGGCACUAAUGUGCCUAAACUGACCAUGAAUAAACAAAGUGAAGUAAAUUAUCGAAAGAAAGAAAUUUUUUAUCCAGUUUAUAGAAAUUAUAGAUAUGGAUUCCCAGAAAGCAGUGCUUUGAAUGAAGCUAAUAAACAUGAAUCAAUUCAAAAUGUUGGACAUCCAGCAAUGUUAUGGCCUUUCAGUAAAGUAUUUACUAAUAUGAGUAGUAAAGGUAAGACAAAUAUAAUUGGAAAUCUUGUUCUGGGAGAUAAAGCUGAAAAUAUAUACAAAG